AUGAAGGAUCUGAAGUUCCUCUCUUUGGCUGGUAACAACUUGAGUGGCUCAAUUCCUUCCAAUCUGGGACAGUUGUACUCUUUACAAGUCUUGGACCUUUCUACAAACUCUUUUACUGGUGAGAUUCCAAAGUUUAUCGGGAAAAUGAGAAAUCUGACGCAUGUGUUGCUCAAUAACAACAACCUUUCUGGACACAUUCCUGCUGGUUUGUCUAAUGUCACUACACUCACUGCAUUUAAUGUGUCUUUCAAUAAUUUAUCUGGAUACUUGCCAUCAAAUAGUACCUUGAUCAAAUGCAACAGUGCUGUUGGAAAUCCAUUUCUAAGUUCCUGCCGUGGAGUUUCUCUAACUGUUCCAUCAGCAAAUCAACAAGGGCAGUUUGAUGAAAAUUCUUCUAUUACAUCACCAACUCCUGGCAAAAAUAGUGAUAAUGGUUUCAAUGCUAUUGAGAUAGCAGCAAUAACUUCUGCUUCGGCCAUUGUUUCUGUUCUUAUAGCCCUAAUUGUUCUGUUUUUCUUCACGCGAAAAUGGAAGCCAAGAUCCAGGGUUGGUGGUUCUGUCAAAAGAGAAGUUACCGUGUUUACUGAUAUCAGUGUGCCGUUGACAUUUGAAAACGUUGUCCAAGCCACGGGAAAUUUCAAUGCAAGCAACUGUAUUGGGAGUGGAGGAUUUGGUGCAACAUACAAGGCAGAGAUAUCACAAGGAAUCUUAGUGGCAGUGAAACGUCUUUCAGUUGGACGUUGCCAAGGUGUUCAACAAUUUCAUGCAGAGAUUAAGACCCUUGGAAGGCUUCAUCAUCCAAACCUUGUCACUCUUAUUGGUUACCAUGCUUCUGAAACUGAGAUGUUUUUGAUAUACAAUUAUCUUUCAGGCGGUAAUCUUGAAAAGUUCAUCCAGGAGAGAUCCACAAGGGCUGUAGAUUGGAAAAUUCUGCACAAGAUUGCAUUGGACAUAGCGCGUGCACUUUCCUAUCUCCACGAUCAAUGCGUACCUCGUGUUCUUCAUCGUGAUGUCAAGCCUAGCAAUAUCUUGUUGGACGAUAGUUUCAACGCCUAUCUAUCCGACUUUGGACUAGCAAGACUUCUAGGAACUUCAGAGACACAUGCUACAACAGGUGUGGCAGGAACGUUUGGUUACGUUGCUCCUGAAUACGCUAUGACAUGUCGUGUUUCCGAUAAAGCCGACGUGUAUAGCUAUGGUGUGGUGCUUCUUGAGUUGCUCUCAGAUAAGAAAUUAUUGGACCCUUCAUUUUCUUCUUAUGGAAAUGGUUUCAAUAUAGUAGCAUGGGGAUGCAUGCUUCUGAGUCAAGGAAGAGCGAAGGAGUUUUUCGCAGCAGGGUUAUGGGACGCGGGACCAGAAAAAGAUUUGGUAGAGGUUCUACACCUAGCUGUUGUUUGUACUGUUGAUUCAUUAUCAACUAGACCUACAAUGAAACAGGUUGUGAAAAGGUUAAAGCAACUUCAACCUCCAUCAUGCUAG